CCAUAAACAAACAAAAUUGCCUUCACACUGUCUCUCCAUAAAUAACCCCGGCAUCGGACCUUUUCAUCAUCAACAUCGCCAAUUUCCUCUCUCUCACUCGAAUACAGCAAAAGAGAGAAACAGAAACAUAUAGAAAUUGAUGGAGAACGUGCAUCAUCGUCAUCAUGAUCUGGACGACACACCGCCGGGAUCUGAUCAUCAGAAAAUUGGUGCCGGCGGUGAAGUCGGGAAGAAGAGAAAGCUUGGAGGCGUCAAAACAAUGCCCUUCAUCUUGGGAAACGAAAUGUGUGACAAGUUUGCUGGCGCCGGGUUCCAGGCGAACAUGAUAACGUACCUGACCAAAGUCCUCAACUUGCCGAUGGUGAAAGCCUCCAACACCCUCACCAACUUCGCCGGCACCUCCGGCUUCACCCCCAUCCUCGGCGCUAUCGCCGCCGAUUCUUUCGCCGGCCGCUACUGGACCAUCAUCGUCGGUUCUAUCAUCUACCAAAUGGGUAUGAUCAGCAUCACUCUCUCCGCCAUGCUUCCAUCCCUCCGCCCGCCGCCAUGUUCGCCGCCGUCACACUGCCAGGAAGCCUCCUCCCGCCAGCUGUGGAUCCUCUACGCCGCCCUAAUCCUCACCUCCCUCGGCACCGGCGGGAUCCGCCCUUGCGUCGUCACCUUCGCCGCCGACCAGCUCGACAUGACCAAGUCCGGCGUCGAGUCCCGGCGCUGGAACUUCUUCAACUGGUACUUCUUCAGCAUGGGGAUCGCCACCGUGACGGCGCUGACGACGGUAGUGUACAUACAGGACAACGUCGGCUGGGGAUGGGGGCUCGGGAUCCCGACCGCCGCCAUGGCGGUUUCCGUCGUGGCUUUCGUUUUGGGCUCGCCGCUUUACAAGAAGCUGAAGCCCGGCGGGAGCCCGUUUGUGCGGCUGGCGCAGGUCGUGGUGGCGGCGUGGAGGAAGAGGACGGCGGUGGCGCCGGCGGAGCAUGGGGAGUUGUAUCGGAAUAGGGAGCUCGAUGCGGAUAUUUCGUUGAAUGGAAGGCUGCUGCAUACUGAUCAGUUCAGGUGGCUGGACAGAGCUGCAAUCAUAGUAGCAACAGACGGCCACGACGGCGAGUCACUGAUCACCGCCACCUCAACCACCACCAAACCCAACCUAUGGCGGAUCGCCACCGUCCACCGGGUGGAAGAGCUCAAAUCCAUCCUCCGCAUGCUACCGAUAUGGGCCGCCGGGAUCCUCCACUUCGCCGCCUCCUCCCACCUCCAGAGCUUCGUCAUCCUCCAAGCCUUCUCCAUGAACCGCCACCUCUCCUCCACGUUCCAAAUCCCGCCGGCCUCCCUCUCCGUCGUCGGCGUCAUCACCACCACCUCCGGCCUCGUCCUCUACGACCGCCUCCUCGUCCCCCUCCUCCGCCGCCUCACGGGCAACCCCACGGGCAUCACCUGCCUCCAGCGGAUGGGCGUCGGCUUCCUCAUCAACAUCGUCGCCACCUCCGUCUCUGCCCUCGUCGAGGUCAGGAGGAAGGAUGCCGCCGCUCGCCACGGGUUGCUCGACGCGCCGGAGGCCGUGAUUCCGAUCAGCGUGUUCUGGCUGGUGCCGCAGUACGUCCUCCACGGGGUCGCUGACGUGUUCAUGACGGUGGGGCACGUCGAGUUUUUGUACGACCAGUGUCCGGAGAGCAUGAGGAGCACGGCGGCGGCGCUGUCGUCGCUGACGGGUUCGUUCGGGAGCUAUAUCGGGACGGGGAUGGUGUCGUUGGUGCAUGAGUAUACGGGGAAGGAGGGGAACUGGCUGCCGGAUCGGAACUUGAAUCGGGGGAAGUUGGAUUGCUAUUACUGGCUGGUGACGGUGGUUCAAGUGGCGAACUUCGUGUACUAUGCGGUGGUUGCGUGGUUUUAUGUUUACAAGCCGGUGGAGGAGAUGGUCGAUGAUGAUGUGGAGGGCGACGGCGGGGGAGAUGUUGGCGGCGGAAGGGUUCCUCGUAGUUAUAGUAAUAAUGAUACGGUGUGAGACUGUGAGGUAAAUGGUGGAUGGAGUACUAGAAGGGUGUCAUAAUUAGGAAAAAACGUUGUAUCAAUGGUCUGUUUCAUCAUUGUGGUUGAGUAAGUAAAUAAAGGUUGUUUGUAAAAAAAGAAUGGUGUUUGUAAGAUGCGCAUUUAGCUCUAUUUCAACAAAUUGACUUAUUUGAACAAAUUGAUUCUAAAUAUGAUACGUAGGUAUUCAACGCGGGACAGGAUACGGUGACAACCCCCUUGGGGGUUGUCAGAUUCACAACCACCUUUGUGGCCAUCGGAUACGUUCUCUCUCCUGUCUUUUUCUUCUUUUUUUUUAAAUUAAUGGUUAAGAUUAAA